AUGGACCCCUAUGGCAGAAUGAGCGGCACCACCGCCCCAUUGCCCUGUGCGAGCUGCGGGGGCUGCCUGCCCCCCUCCGCCUCCUGUGCCCCUCCCCCCAGCGACGCCCAGCCACCCUGCCCGUCGCUGGCAGAGAACGGCAGUAGUUGGAACUCCUCCACGCUGUCCUCCUCCGGCUCGCCUGACUCCCACCCCCACCACCUCCACCAAUGCGGCCCCAACCCCUUCUGGACAGCGGUGUUUGACUAUGAGGCCACCGCAGAUGAGGAGCUGACGCUGCGGAGGGGGGACGUACUGGAGGUACUCUCCAAAGACUCAAAGGUGUCUGGGGAUGAGGGCUGGUGGACGGGGAAGAUCCAGGACAAGGUCGGCAUCUUCCCCUGCAAUUACGUGACGAGGCGGGAUGGCGGCUACCAGCCGCCGCUGCCCCCAGAGGGCCUGGUAGGGGGCGGCGACUGCCCCCUGGAGAUCGAUUUCGCGGAGCUGCGACUGGAGGAGGUGAUCGGCGCAGGCGGGUUCGGGAAGGUCUACAGAGGGGUUUGGCGGAAUGAGGAAGUGGCGGUUAAGGCGGCGCGGCAGGACCCGGACGAGGACAUCAGCGCCACGGCGGAGAGCGUCCGGCAGGAGGCCCGGCUCUUCUGGAUGCUGCAGCACCCCAACAUCAUCGCCCUGCAGGGGGUGUGCCUGAAGGAGCCCAACCUGUGCCUGGUCAUGGAGUACGCCCGCGGGGGCGCCCUGAACAGGGCGCUGGCUGGGAAAAAGGUCCCUCCCAGGGUGCUGGUCAACUGGGCUGUGCAGAUCGCCACUGGCAUGGACUACCUGCACAACCACACCAUCGUACCCAUCAUUCACCGAGACCUGAAGUCUAGCAACAUUCUGAUCCUGGAGCAGGCCGACAGGGAGGACCUGUGCUGGAGGACACUGAAGAUCACGGAUUUCGGGCUGGCGCGAGAGUGGCACCGCACCACCAAGAUGAGCGCGGCGGGGACCUAUGCCUGGAUGGCCCCGGAGGUCAUCAAACUGUCCCUCUUCUCCAAGAGCAGCGACGUCUGGAGUUUUGGCGUGUUGCUAUGGGAACUGCUGACAGGCGAGGUGCCGUACCGGGAGAUUGACGCCCUGGCGGUGGCAUACGGCGUGGCCAUGAGCAAGCUGACCCUGCCAAUCCCGUCCACCUGCCCCGAGCCCUUCGCCCGCCUGCUGGAAGAGUGCUGGUGCCCCAACCCGCAUGGGCGCCCAACUUUUGAUAGCAUUCUGAAGCGGCUGCUGUCCAUCGAGCAGUCGGCCAUGUUCCAGAUGCCCCUGGAGUCCUUUCACCUGCUGCAGGAGGACUGGCGCGUGGAGAUCCAGCAGAUGUUUGACGAGCUGCGAGCCAAGGAAAAGGAGCUGAGGUCCUGGGAGGAGGCGCUAGCACGGGCAGCGGAGGAGCAGCGCGAGCAGGAGGAGCAGCUUAGGCGGAGGGAGCAGGAGCUGGCGGAGCGGGAGAUCGACAUAGUGGAGCGCGAGCUCAACAUCAUCAUCCACCAGAUGUACCAGGAGAAGCCUCGAGUCAAGAAGCGCAAGGGCAACUUCAAGAAGAGCAGGCUGCUCAAGCUGGGCCGCGACAGCAACCGCAUCAGCCUGCCAUCUGGAUUUGAGCAUAAGAUCACAGUGCAGGCCUCCCCCAGUGUGGAUAAGAGGAAGCCACAGGGCAGUGAGAGCACCACCCCUCCCGCCAGCCCUGGAAUCAUUCCCCGACUGCGGGCCAUACGCUUGACACCCAGUGACGGAAGUAAGACCUGGGGCCGCAGUGCCGUGUGCAAAAAGGAGGACCUGGCAGCCAAUAAGAAGAAAGGCCGCACCUGGGGGCCCAGCUCCACCCACCAGAGAGAGCGGCUGGGCGGAGAGGACAGGCUGAAGUCUCUCGGCGAAGGGUGUAAGCAGUGGUCCUCCAGUGCCCCAAAUUUGGGCAAGUCCCCCAAACACAUCCCCAUGAGCGGCGGUUUCUCCAGUCUCAACGAAAUGGAGGAACACUCAGACUCCCAGGAGUCCCCGGUGUCCCAGCAGCCCUCGGAGGCGGACAGUAACGGCGCGCUGGAGGAGGGCGGGGCCUCGUGGGUGGGGGCGGGUUCUGGGACGGGGGCCCAGGAUUCGGCCCGCCGCUGCGGCCAGCGCAAGAAGAGUGACCUCAUCCUGCUGAGCUGUGCCUCCCUGCUGGCCUCCGUGGCCCUGGGGCAGGACCUGGCCCAGCUGGGACGCCUGCAGGUAUGCCAGGAUGAACAGGAGCAGAGGGAGGAGCAGCGUAAGAAGAAGGAGGGGCUGUUCCAGCGGGCGGGGCGCUUCCGCCGAAGCACCUCCCCCCCAAGCCGCACCCUGUCGCUCUCUCUGUCCCACGGGCGGCACCACGAAUCCACCCUGCCCAACCUGGACCCCUCGCCUUCCGUCACCCUCCUCUCCCUCUCCUCACUGUCCGACUGCAACUCCACCAAGUCUCUACUGCCCUCCGACCCUGACGACCCCUUCCUGACCCCCACCGGCCCCGCCCCGGGCCCCGCCCCCUCCCCCAGCCCCGCCCUCAACCCCCUGCUGGACCUGCGGGCCGAGAGCUUCAAGCGGGAGCCCAACCAGUCGCUGACGCCCACGCACGUGUCCGCCACGCUGGCCGUCAACCGCGGCCACCGCCGGACCCCGUCCGAUGGCGCCAUCCGACCGCGCGCCCAGACAAUGGGUCACCGACGCACCCCAUCCGACGGCAGCGCGCCCCUAACCCCCACCCCCAGCCCCGCGGCGCCACCUACAGGUUCCCGGGACACUCUGGAGAUCCCCCGCCUGCCCGACCCCUCCUCCCUCUUCCCGCCGGCGCAGCGUCGCAAGGCUCCCCCUCCGCCCCCGCCCGAGCGGGAAAGCCCAGCUGGGGGCGGGGGCACCCUGGAGCGGCCCAAGACCCUGGAGUUCGCCCCCCGGCCGCGGCCCACGCCGGUCCGGGCGCGGGCAGACCCCUGGAGGCUGGGCUCCCUGUCCCGAACGCUGAGCUCGUCCCCCGGCAGCAGCUGCGACAGCCCGCUGGGGUCUGCGGAUGGGGGCGUGGCUGGGGGCGGGGCUACUACAGGUACGAGCCAGCCCACCCUGCUGGACAUGGACACUGAGGGGCAGAGCCAGGACAGCACCGUGCCCCUGUGUGAGCAGAACGCCCCUCCCUCGACCCUCUGUGGGCAGAACAUCUCCUAGCGAACACCUCCAAACCCCUCACCCCCUCUUUUCCUGUUCAUUGCUGCUUACCCACCUUUUAUCCCCCAACCACCCAGGCCCAUCUCCGUUCUCUCACACACACAGACAGCAUACCAAGACUGCACGGGCUCGACCAGUGUUGCCUCUUGUACUUAAUGUUAAUUUAUUCCUUGGGAGUGGACUACUCUUAUUUUUUAUAUAUAAAUAUAAUAGUCUGCAUUUUAUUCAUUUUUCAAGCAUUAUUCCUGCCAGUGUGUACAUGAAUGCUUUUGAAAAGCUGUUUUAUGUUGGCUAGGUAAGGGCGUUGUGUGCGACAGUAAAUCGAGGGUUUAACACACUGCAUCAGUAAUCUACUGGAAUGCACUCUUCACAAGACCUGGAACGGAAUUAUUAUCAUUAUUUAUUAGCAUAAGCUGAAAGAAUGCAGUGUGGAUAACCCUUGUGUCCAUAAGGAUGUACCGCUAGUAGGCCUAUUCGUAAUAUGGAUAUAUGUGUGCCUGUGAGCGUUAUGUAGCAGAAGACACAAGCGUGAAGAAUACCCCGUCCAUAAUUUUCAUUCCUUAAUUAUACUGUACAUUUUUGCUGUUUACAUACAGACAACAUUCCCUCGUUCUCUCCUAUUAAAAACCGCGGACAGCUUGGCAGUAGGGUACUGCACAGCUAAGCCGGGAAAAGGGAGAGGGACAUGGGGGGGAGGUGGGCAGGAAAAUGAGGGUUUUAUCACAACGCACAAUGCGUGCAUUUCACAGCAAACAGCUUUCAUAGCUCUUUGAAAACUACCUGUUUUCUACGUCAACUUACCAAACAUUCCUUUCGGAGAACGGCACCUUCAAAUGGACGUUAUUCGUGUUAUUCUCCCACCAAGCACUCUGGAGGAGUGAAAAAGAGGCACGCCGACACAGCAGGAAAAAGUGUUUCUGGCCAACACCGGGUGAAACCAUGCGCGAGACUUGCGGAUCUGGGUUCUGCGCAACUUCUGGAGCAGCAUGGGGACUUUAAAAAAAAAUGUAUGGGGGUAUUUUUAAUUGUCAUUAUUUGUACGAGAUUAUUUUAAGUAGCAGGAUCUAAGGAACUGAACCAGUUAUAUUUUCAUCUGAGUGAACUGAGAACACUGAAUAUUUAUUAUUACUGUAAUGAUCAAGAAAAUCGUCGUUCAUCAUUGCUGUUGUCUUUAGCCUCUUCCCAGGAAUUUCUGUAUAUAUUUGUAGAUACAACGGAAUCCAACCAACUACCCAAGCAACAACUACCUUUGUUGGACACCUGACUGAUGUUCAUAUAUGGAGUUUUUGAUUUGAACUUGUGACGUUUGAGGCUAAAUGAGUGUGGCAGUCUGAUGAUAAAGAUUAUUAAUUAAAGUGUGAAUAAAAUAAAAUGUAAAAAACAG